AUGGGCUGUAGUAAGAUAGUUGUCGGCAAUGCGCAUUUAUUAUGUGUACAUGAAACCCAUCCCGAGAGUCGGCCGGAUGCGGGUCUUGUGCUUGGCAAACUGGCCGGUCAGAGCAGCCAGUCUCUGUCCGUCAAACCCGUCCACAUUCGCCAAGAGCGCCACACCUCUCCCAUAUCCGCUACAUCCCAGGCUUACUGUCAUCCGGCUAAUUGA